UUAUAACCCCAAAAAAGAAAAUCAUCGUGCAGCGCAUAAAUUGUAACGGAGGACUCUAUAACAACGCAAAACUCUUUGAGCAGUUUUUCAGCAGGAAAUUCAACCUUCUUAAACGGAAAAAAGACCAAGGUUCUCAUAAAUAAGAUGAUCGGAAGUCGUGUAGUCAUUGCUGUUUUGGGAAUUCUGACUUUUCCUCCCGAUGGCACUGGGAAUCACAGGAGGGGGUCCAUCGCGUAGGGGGGAAUAAAACGGACGCCCAGCCUCAACCGACCGCGACUAUCAGUCCAGUGGCUUCCAGUGUCAAAAGGAUAUCGCCUGCAGUAGCAAAAGGACUCACGACUGUCAACACUCAACUGAAACGGUGAAAAAUGAAGGAGACACUUUUUCUUAUGACCAUAAUCGGGCUGAUAUUUCACAGUGAAUGCCAGGUUUCAAAUCUGCGGAGACAAGUUUCAGACGAGUGCAGGACGCCAAAUGGACUCUCUGGGGUUUGUUACAAUAUCAGACAAUGCCAGAGUCUUCUUGACUUGCUGCGAAAAUCAAGAAAUAAUCCAGAUACUCGCGAUUUUCUUAGGAAGUCUUUGUGUGGCUAUGACAGUUCUGACCCUCGAGUGUGCUGUCCUAACCCUUCAGCCCAGCAGCCGGUGGAUUCGUGGAUGAAUAAGGCAGAAAUCAACAACGGGAAUCCUCAAAGGUCGAACGAUUCUUUCCCGAAACUGCCUUCCCCUCCACAGUGCGGGUUCUCGCCGAUUACCCAUCCGAGGAUCGUUGCAGGUUCUCCAGCCCAUUUGGGUGCAUGGCCCUGGAUGGCAGCUUUAGGGUACAAGAAACGGCAAAAUUCACCCGUAAACUACCUAUGUGGAGGUGCCCUAAUAACCAACAAGCACGUCGUUACAGCUGCCCACUGUACUCAACACCCAUCUUUAACUCUGCAUGUUGUCCGACUUGGAGAUCUCAAUAUUGACGACAGAGUGAAAGACAAUGCCACACCAAUUGACUAUGAAAUAGAAAAAGCCAUGACCCAUCCUGGCUACGAUGCAAGAAGACAUACAAAGGAUAUUGCCCUAAUUUACCUUAAACAAACUGUUCAAUUUACUGAUUUAAUCAAGCCUAUCUGCUUGCCCAAAAGUGAACCGCUUAUAAGCAGUAAUUUUGAAAAGAAAGCACCUUUCGUCACCGGUUGGGGAUCAGUUAAAUACAGAGGACCUUCUUCAUCUGAAUUGUUGGAGAUUCAAAUUCCAGUUGUCUCUAAUGCAGAAUGCCAAGCUGCUUAUACUCGCCUCGGAGCAACCAUCACUCCAAAUGAAAUCUGCGCAGGGCUUAAAAACGGUGGAAAAGAUGCUUGUCUGGGUGAUUCCGGCGGUCCAAUGAUGAUGCCUGAAGAAGGACAACACUAUUACCUCAUUGGUGUCAUCUCAUACGGCCACGGAUGUGCAGAACCAGGCUACCCUGGCAUUUACGCCCGUACGACUGCGUUUAUAGACUGGAUUCACAGAAACAUAUAAAAAUACUUUGAAACAAAUUGUAUUUAAACCUUUUUAAGACAAAAAAAAAUUUGCAUGCUAGUCGAGAUAUUUGUUCGUUUCGUAAAAAUUGUGUUCUGUCAACAGUGUGGUGUAUUUUUUAUGCUUUCUCUUUAGUAAUAUCUGUAAGUAAUUAGAAUUUU